ACAAUUCAUAUCAUUAUCUCAUAAUUGAAACAGAGAGAUUAUUUCUUAUAAACGAAAGAUAUAAAUAUCCAUUGAAGCUAAAAUUCCGAAAAAAAAAAUAUUUUCAAAAUUAAUAUCCCGCAUUAUCCAACAUAUUAUUUAAAUAAAUAUCCCACGUUAUCCGGCGCACCAAACGAAUCCUAAUAAAGAUAGAACCAUUAUAUGUAUAUCUCACUAAAUAGUCGACAAUCGGAAAAAAGCAUACCUAACAUCGGCGGCGAUGGUGGCAACCACCGUGAACGGCGGCGAUAAUGAGUCAACAUCACUACUAACUCCGGCGCCGGCGAAAAUUCCGGUAGACAAUUUCCAUAUAGCGUAUAUAAUCUACUUUACUCUCGGCGCCGGUUAUCUUCUUCCAUGGAACGCAUUCAUCACAGCCGUUGAUUAUUUUACUUAUCUCUACCCUGACGUCAUGGUUGAUCGUGUAUUCGGUAUCGUUUACAUGAUCAUCGGUUUAAUUUGCUUGUUGUUCAUCGUUGCAUUUGCAAAUAAGACGAGUGCGUUUGUAAGGAUUAACGUUGGAUUGUUGUUGUUUGUUAUCGCGCUUGUUACGGUGCCGUUGAUGGAUGUGGUUUAUGUGAAGGGGAGAGUUGGAGUUUAUGGUGGAUUUGGUGUUACUGUUGGUUUAGUUGGAGUUUGUGGAAUUGCUGAUGCGUUGGUUCAAGGAGGUGUUAUUGGUGCGGCUGGUGAGUUGCCGGAAAGGUAUAUGCAAGCUACUGUUGCUGGAACUGCUGCUUCUGGUGUCAUUGUUUCGUUGCUAAGAAUUUUAACCAAAGCUGUGUAUCCACAAGAUGCCGAUGGGCUGAGAAAGAGUGCGAACCUUUACUUCAUUUUCAGCAUUGCUAUGAUGAUUUUGUGCGUAGUCUUUUACAAUGUGGCACAUAGGCUUCCAGUAAUCAAGUACUACAAUGACCUUAAAACUCAGGCCGUGAAUGAAGAGAGAGAGGAUAAGGGAGAGUUACCUCCAGAAUCGUUGAGAUCAACUCUGGACAUUGUUGGGACAGUGAAAUGGUAUGGAUUUGGCAUCCUCAUCAUUUACGUGGUCACGUUGUGUAUCUUUCCAGGAUAUAUCACAGAAGACGUACAUUCUCAACUUCUGAAGGAUUGGUAUCCGAUCUUGUUGAUUACUGGCUACAACGUGUUUGAUCUGGUCGGGAAGUCUCUGACUCCUGUUUUGUUCCUUGAUAACGCCAAGGUUGCUAUUGGUGCUUGCUUCGCGAGGCUAUUGUUUUUGCCUCUAUUCUACGGUUGCUUACACGGUCCAAAAUUCUUUAGGACGGAGCUUCCUGUCACAAUACUAACCUGUCUACUGGGAUUAACUAACGGCUACUUGACUAGCUUGUUACUGAUGUUGGGUUCGAAAACUGUCCUACUGCAACACGCAGAGAUAGCUGGGACCGUACUCGUAUUGUUCUUGGUGAUUGGUCUGGCAAUUGGUUCAGUUGUAUCGUGGUUCUGGAUUAUAUAGUUUGUCACUGGAAAAACUGUGAAAACUUGUUUAUUCAUGCCACUUCAAAUGUGUAUCGCAACACGUUGCAACUUCUAAACCUUUGAAUUCAAUGGUUAAUGUAUAUUGUUUUCAAAUUUUA